GAGAGAUGCAAAGUUGAAAAGUUCCUCGAAUGGCAGACGCGGCAUCAUAAUUGCGAGAGAAAUUCUGACGGGCUCAAGUUUCUUCGUCCUUAACCCCAACGAUUUCUCAGGUUCUUUCUAUUAUCUCUCUGCUUCCUUCCUCGAAGAACCCAGCACGCGCCUCAGACGCCGUCUUCUCUUCCUUUUAUACAAAGUAAAAUCCUCUCUUUAUCUUAAUCUUUUGGGUAUCUUAAUUAUCUCUUUAUUUUGCAAAAGGAGGAGCUUUCGGAAUUCGAUUUGGUUGUUCUUUUUGAUUUCAAAAGUGUAAAAGUUUUGAACAAAUUAUAGGGCAAAGUCGACUUUAGAAUUAUACCCAGCUGAAUUUUGAUUCUUCUAUGUCGACGUAUACCAUUCAGGGUCAACCUCUUGAAGUCACCGUUAUUGGAUGCACAAAGUUGAAAGAUACGGAAUGGAUUUCAAGGCAGGAUCCUUAUGUGUGCCUUGAAUAUGGUAGUACAAAGUUUCGCACCACCACUUGCACAGAUGGUGGAAGAAAUCCCACAUUCCAAGAGAAAUUUGUGUUUUCUCUGAUUGAAGGGCUAAGAGAGAUUAAUGUCACAGUUUGGAACAGCAAUACAGUUACUUAUGAUGACUUCAUUGGCAAUGGAAAAAUCCAGUUGGCUAAAGUUCUAGCCGAAGGGUAUGACGAUAGUUCAUGGUCACUUCAAACUAAAACUGGCAGACAUGCUGGGGAAGUACGACUGAUAUUACAUUUUGCAAAUGCCAAUAGACCAUCGUCAACUUUUGCACCCUCGGCACCACCAUUUCAUGCACCUACUCCACCCCAAGUUUCCGCGUAUGCUACAAUGCCACUGCCACAUCCAACAGCCUACCCUCCUCCUAGUGCUACACCCUAUGCAUCAUUUCAAUCUCCCUAUCCUUCUUACCCACCCAGCUCCGGAGCCUAUCAAACAUCCAUGUACUCCUCCCCAUAUCCAUCUGGGUAUCCUCCCACGUCCUACCCGCCGCCUCCCUCGGCUUAUCCUCCUGGUCCUUACCCACCACCUCCGCAAGUCUCACCCUUCUAUCCUCCAGGUCCUUAUCCUGGAAUUUAUCCUCCACCACAGUAUUGAAGUCUCAAUGUUGGCCCUGAAUGAUCUUUUCAUAAGUUGUAUAGAGCUCCACUUUCUUUUAGUAUGCCUGUAGACUUCUCUGCUAAUGGGGUUUUUGCUUUUUUAGUCUUUUUUGGAACUUUUCUUUUGAUGUAAAGACAGGAAUUUGACAGUAAUAUAUUGAGGUUGCUGUUCUCAUGUUUUGUUUUUUUUUUUCCUAUUCAAAUUUAGCUUGGUAUAGAAGGACAACAAUGAUAAAUUCAUUUAAAAUUAAAUAAAAAGUUCAAAGAUGGGAAUAUAGUCAAAGAAAGAUGGGAGAAAUAUAAUUGCAAAGUCUGAAGAAGAGUGAGCUAGAUGUAAAGCCUAUCAAAGGAGUACUUGGAUUCUACAGAAAGCUAGGCAGCGCUUUGAAACUUCUCCAUAAAUUUCUCUCCUUUUCAUUGUUUUAGUACUUCAACAUGUGGAAGAGGGAAGGUGAUCAGUAGGUUAUAUGUGUGUGUAUAUAUAUACACGUUAAAUUACAAGUACUUUUAACGUUUGUGUU